GACAAUCUUGCCGCUGAGUGCCAAGGGUGGACAUGAACGAUGGUUCUCACUCUGUACAUGCUAUUCGCGCUGGGCGAAAAUUUUUCAGGAAGGGAUUGGAAGGCUUCGAUUCUUACAAUUGACGUUUAGACCCCUAGUCUAAUCUUCCUCUGGUUUUUCCUCCAUCCUUUCGGAGUCCUGAUUCGACGCACCCUUUUCUGAAAUCGCUCUGUUUUGGAUCUACCAUGUCCACCCCAUCCCAAGACUCGAUCUCUCCUCAGCUCGCUUCGUUUUCGUCUUGCGAAAUAUCCGAUGCACUAGUGAAGUUGGGCGUGAAGUCAGGAGGGCAUAUUCCCGACAUCGAGAUGUACUCUCCGCACUCUGUGCGAGUCCCCGACGCUGAAGGAGUGAAGAUAUGUGGACCGGCGUUCACUGUGAAGAUGGUCGAAGCCAGCGAUAAAACUUCGCCUACUCCAAGCGACCAUUUUGUGGAUGCUGCACCUAGGGGACAUGUUGUGGUUAUCUCUGCACCUCGUCAUUUGAAGUCGGCUGUUUGGGGUGGGCUAAUGUCGGCUGGUGCUAAAGCACAUGGCGUUCUUGGUGUGGUCCUCGAUGGACGUUGUCGAGAUAUCUCCGAGCACCGAUCCCUUUCGUUCCCCGUUUUUGCGAGGGGUCACUCGACGCUAGGUCAAGGGACGUUCUCACGUCCUUCAGAACUGAACGUUCCCCUUACGAUUGAACCGAGAUGGGAGGGAGAGGGGUUUUCGUUUGCUGCCACUGAGGUACAUCCAGGGGAUGUGGUAGUGGCGGAUUUGGAUGGGGUUGUGUGCGUGCCAAGAAGGCUGGUAGGAGAUGUUGUGGCGAGGUGUGGGAAAGGUAGGGAGGUGGAUGAGAGAUGCAUGGAAGAUAUAAGGGCAGGGAGACCGAUUAAGGAAACGUUUGCCAAGUGGCGAGGUUGACGAACGUAUAAUGGAUCGAGAAAGGCGGAACAAGAAUAAAAUUCAUCCCGACGUCCCGAUUGCCGAAUCCCAAGUGACGCUAACUUUGCAAGCCACCAUCAGCUUCUAUUUAGCUCUUCCUCAGCUACACCAUUCUGGCCGGCCCAUUUGUGGCUAUCUAUAGCCCUACUCUAGACAUUCGUCCGUAUUCGCUGCAUAUCUAUGGAGGUGCCCUGUUUGGGGCAGCACUCUCGAGAUGCUAUAGAACCGUGGGCUUGUUCAGUCACAAGCUAGCUGAAUCAUAC